CGUUUGAUCAAGAGAAAUCUAUCCUACUAUUACCAUACACAAAUAGUAUCAUUUAGACGUAUCGACAACCAUGCAUUUAAAUACGCUGGAAGACGUUAUAAGAUUUCUUUGUGGGCGAGAUACAGAUGACACCACCUUAGACGCCCGUAAGGGCCGGGCGCCAGACUGGUCUGACUUGCAAUGGGUCCUACGAAAAGCGAGACCUUCGGCUUCUUACCCGACAUCGCCAAUACCGUGCCGUCACUGCGGCUUAACUGCUUCCACGGCCACCACGUCGUCGUCGAAUAUCAACGGCAACGCGGGACGCCCGUAUUUCAGAUGUCCAACGAUGGGCAAGUUCUUAGUGUUCGCCGACGCCCGCGGCAACGACCCGACGAACCCAGUCUGUAGAUGUGGAUUGUCAAGCAAGCGGAUGAUGUCGGGAUUUUACAAUGCCAAAACUCCAGGAAAGCUGUUCUACGUCUGCAGAAGUGGCAUGUGUGAAUACUAUAGGGAAUGUAGGGAUGCGCGAGGAGAACAUGUCGUAGUCGACUGGGAGCUUGUAGACCACCUGGCGUGGCUUGAGAUAAUCUGACGGCUGUACGUUGGACUGAUGAUGGCGUUCGGAUUUGGGAAAGAGCUGAGAAACCAGAGGGAACAGGCACAUGGAGGGACGGCGUUGGAUAUGUUCAGCAAAGGCUCUUGCUUUCAGGGGUAGUUUGGUACUUCUCUUAUGAGUAACGAAUUACGAAAUGGCGCAGACUGCUUAUGAUGAAGCUGGGAUUUCACAUGGAUAUCCUUUCCUUUGGUAUUUGGCGAGGUGUUAAUAAAGAAAUUGUUUUUUUUCUUCCCGUUUAUUAGCUUGAAGCAUUGAUGUUCAAAAAGCAAAUAGGCUAUUGCCUAUUCGAAGUUAACUCCUGAUAUGAGAAUCCCAU